CUCGGUACUAGCCAUGGUUCAGCAGGAGUCAUUACUUGAGGUCAUUGGGAAAGUGGAUAAGUUCCCCUAUGUGCCAGACUCGAAUUAUUACAGUUUGAUAGCCCACGAUGAGAUCACGCAAAUAGGAUACAUCACCAAAUCAAUUGCCCACCAUUUUGCAGAGGAACUGGCACUCAAAGUAGAUCACGAAGCACGUACGGUCACAAUUGAUCCAGGUCUCGAUACGUUGGAGAAAAGAGAGUCGGUGUUUGCCGAUAUGGCGAACCGGUUCAGAAAAAUCCCAGAGUUUGAUAUUGCAGUCAAUAAAGGCUGGAGAAACGAACUAUACACCAUAUAUAAUCCAAGCCAGGUACCAUACUUGAAGGUCGAAAGAGCAUUUUCCAUCCUCAUGGGUGUGAUCACCUAUGGAAUCCACUUGAAUGGAUACGUACCUGCUGAAAAGUCCAAUAAUGGUAAACUAAAGCUUUGGGUCCAGAGAAGAUCAGCUACAAAACAAACCUACCCAGGAAUGCUCGACAAUACUGUUGCGGGUGGACUAGGAUAUCCCCACGGGUUAUGGGAAACCGUGGUUAAGGAAUGCUACGAGGAAGGAGGUCUUCCACCAGCAUUUGUAGAGCCCAGGGCUAAACCAACUGGGGUUCUUCUGUAUAUCUACCAGCAGCAGGGUGAAGGCUCAAUUGCACAGCCAGAAGUCGAGUACAUUUACGACUUGCCCUUUGACGACGAAACAUCAGUGGUGCCCAAACCAGUGGACGGAGAGGCUGAAUCCUUUGUUCUUAUGGACGUGCAAGAGAUCUUACUGAAGAUAAUGCAAGGUGAAUUCAAACCAAAUUGCUCUUUAGUAGUGGUUGACUUUCUCAUCAGAAAUGGACAUAUUACCCCAGAGUCUGAACCGAAUUACGCAGAAAUCGUUAGCAGAACCCAUAGAAGAAUGCCGUUUCCUACAAGAUGAUCUGUUACUAGAGUAAAGUAUAUAGACCCAUUAAUAUCACGGGCCUUGAUAUAGUGAGUAGUAAGUAGAAAAAG